CGCUCCCUGCGAGCGUUCAAGGUGCCUGGCCCGGAUGGCAUACCGAAUGAGGUAUAUACUCACUGUGAUGUAACGCUGACCCCAAUUCUUGGCAGGCUUUUCAGAGCGACUUUCGAUCUCAAGUACUACCCGGAUGCCUGGAAAAUAUCUGACACAGUAGUCCUGCGCAAACCGGGAAAAACAGACUAUACCACCGCUAAGUCCUAUCGCCCCAUUGCUCUCCUAGACUGCAUGUCAAAGAUCCUC